AUGACAGGGGACACGCCCAUGUCGCAGGACAGCGCCGCCGCCACCGCCUUUGCCGAUGCCUUUUUCAGCCAGGAUCUGACGGCCCGCGAUGCCGGGAUCGCCGAUGCGAUCGGCAAGGAACUGCGCCGCCAGCAGCAGGAGAUCGAACUGAUCGCCUCGGAAAACAUCGUCAGCCGCGCCGUGCUGGAAGCGCAGGGCUCGGUGAUGACCAACAAAUAUGCCGAGGGCUAUCCGGGCCGCCGCUACUAUGGCGGCUGUCAGUAUGUCGAUAUCGCCGAAAACCUGGCGAUCGAGCGGGCGACCGAACUGUUCGGCUGCGGCUUUGCCAACGUCCAGCCCAAUUCCGGCAGCCAGGCCAACCAGUCCGUCAUGCUCGCGCUGGCAGCGCCGGGCGACACGAUCCUCGGCAUGAGCCUCGAUGCCGGCGGUCACCUGACCCAUGGCGCUCGGCCCAACAUGUCGGGCAAAUGGUUCAACGCGAUCCAGUACGGCCUCGAUCUGGAAACCGGCCUGAUCGAUUAUGACCAGGUGGCGAAACUGGCCGAAGAGCACAAGCCGCGCCUGAUCAUUGCCGGCGGUUCGGCCUAUUCGCGGAUCAUCGAUUUCGCACGGUUCCGGGAAAUCGCAGAUUCGGUCGGCGCGCAUCUUUGGGUCGACAUGGCCCAUUUUGCGGGACUGGUCGCGGCGGGCAUCCAUCCCAGCCCCUUCCCGCAUGCCCAUGUGGCGACGACGACGACGCACAAGACGUUGCGCGGCCCGCGCGGCGGCAUGGUGCUGACCAAUGACGAGGCGAUCGCCAAGAAGAUCAAUUCCGCCGUCUUCCCCGGCCUUCAGGGCGGCCCGCUCAUGCACGUGAUCGCCGCAAAAGCCGUGGCCUUCGGCGAGGCGCUGCAACCCGAUUUCCAAGGCUAUAUGAGUGCGGUGGCCGAAAACGCCAAGGUCUUGGCCCAGACGGUGAUCGAGGGCGGCAUGCAGAUCGUCUCCGGCGGCACCGACACCCAUUUGAUGCUGGUCGACCUGCGGCCCAAGGGCGUCACCGGCAAGGCGGCAGAGGCCGCUCUCGGCCGGGCGUUCAUCACCUGCAACAAGAACGGUGUUCCGAACGAUCCCCAAAAGCCGACCAUCACCUCGGGCAUUCGCCUCGGCACGCCGGCGGCGACCACGCGCGGCUUCGGACCGGCCGAAUUCCGCCAGGUCGGCCAGAUGAUCGUGCGGAUCGUCGAUGGCCUGGCGCAGGCCGGCGAAGACGGCGACAAUUCCGGCAUCGAGAGCGCGGUCAAGCAGGAGCCGAGCGCGUUGCGCUGCCCGUUCUGUCACACUGAAAACACGGCCGUCAAAGACAGCCGUCCCGCCGAGGACGGCACCGUCAUCCGGAGGCGCCGUGUCUGCGCCGACUGCGGCGGGCGCUUCACCACCUUCGAGCGGGUGCAGUUGCGCGAACUGUUCGUCGUCAAGAAGAACGGCCGCAAGGUUCCGUUCGACCGCGACAAGCUGGCACGCUCCUUCGAGGUCGCGCUGCGCAAGCGGCCUGUCGACCCCGAACGCGUCGAGCGCGCCGUCUCGGCCAUCGUGCGCCAGCUUGAAAGCUCCGGCGAGCAGGACGUCCACGCCGACGAGAUCGGCACGAUGGUGAUGGAAGCGCUCAAGCGCAUGGACGAGGUCGCCUUCGUGCGCUUUGCCUCGGUCUACAAGGAUUUCCGCGAUCCGCAGGACUUCAAGGAUCUGCUGGGCGAUGACCAAAGCCUGACGGUGGAUGACCGCCGGUUUCUCGAUGCGGCGUUGCGGCUUGCCCGGCGCCAUCUGGGCCAAACGGGAACCAACCCGUCCGUCGCCACGCUGAUCGUCAACGACGGCGCCAUCGUCGGCCGCGGGAUCACGGCCCCUGGCGGGCGGCCCCAUGCCGAGACCAUCGCGCUGGACGAGGCGGGUGCGGCGGCGCGCGGCGCCACCGCCUAUGUCACGCUCGAGCCCUGCGCUCAUCAUGGCCGCACGCCGCCCUGCGCCGAGGCGCUCGUCUCCGCCGGCGUGACGCGCGUCAUCGCCGCCGUCUCGGACCCCGACGACCGCGUGGCGGGCAAAGGCUAUGCCAUCCUGCGCGCCGCUGGGAUCGAGGUUCUGGCCGAUUGCGAUCCGGUCGGCGCGCGCGACGUGCUGGGCGCCUAUCUGACCCGGUCGUCGAAAAAGCGCGCACAGGUGACCCUCAAACUGGCCGUCUCCGCCGACGGCAUGGUCGGACGGCACGGCGCAGGUCAGGUCGCAAUCACCGGCCCGGUCGCCCGGGCGCAGUCGCACAUAAUGCGUGCCGAACAUGACGCGAUUCUCGUCGGCAUCGGGACGGUCCUUGAAGACGAUCCGGAGCUGACCUGCCGGCUGGAAGGCCUCGAGGACAGAUCGCCCCGCCGCAUCGUGCUCGACAGCCAUGCCCGCCUGCCGGUCGAAUCGCGUCUCGUUGCAACGGCGGGGCGGGCGCCGGUCCAUGUCGCAACCCUCCAUCCGCAGUCCGAACGGGCGCGGGCCCUCGUCGAAAAGGGCGUUCGGAUCAUCGCCGGCGAAAGCCACGACAGCCGCAUCGCGCUGCCCGAACUGCUCGAAGACCUUGCCGCGAUCGGUGUCGCGAGCGUCCUCGUCGAGGGCGGGGCAGAGGUUGCAGACGCCUUCCUGCGCGAAGGGCUCGCCGACCGCAUCGCGCUUUUUGAAAGCAAUGUUGUCGUCGGCGAAGGUGGCAUUGCCGCCCCGUUCUCGAGCGGUCGUCUGCCGGACGGAUUUGCGAUCCGGCGCCGCGCGGUCUAUGGCCCCGACCGGUUCAUGCUGCUGGAGCGCCAGGACUGA